UAAUACAACGUGGCCUGUAAACGGAGAUAAGGAGUUUACAACGUGCUUUCCAUUACAUUAUAGUAAUGAUUGGGUUUAUAAUAUGACACUCAUUGACAUCGAUUGCAAUAUUAUAAGAUAAAAUUUACAUAAGUGUAGCAUGUAGUAUCACAUUGAAUCACGAACAAAACGUGACACAACACAACAUGUGACGGAAACCUCUGACUAAGUUACCAUCUCCUUUUCAAUUGGGCCGGUGUAGUCACGUGAUGGCGACCGGCUAUUCGUCCCAGCCGCCACCAAAAAAAUCAUGUCCAAUCUGUUAGUAUAGCCUGCACCACUGGUUUCAUCCGGCCAGUCUUUUACAAACCGAACAGUUCUAUAGCCAGACCUGAACACAUAGUUGCCAUGGCAUUACGUGUGCUAAAUACGAAAUAUUUCCAGUGGUUGUAUGAAUUACAAAAGUCUUGGGUAGUUGGGUUACACUUCCGACAGACGACAGCUGACGACUAUGAUGAGGUGGUAUCUAUACGGAAACAUCUGUAUGGCGGGCUGGAUUACAUACCAAGUGAAUACCACGAUCUACUGAAACACAAUACAGGAAUAGCUGGAUACAUAGGUAAUACAAUGAUAAGCUUCAUGUUCGCUGCGGUCAUUGAUGAUGGGCAAAGUGUGUUGAUGCAAUCUGCGAGAGUACGGGAGGAAUACGUGGGCAGGGGAAUCCUCUCGCAGAAGAAAAAAUACUGCUUCAACAUUCUUGCCAGAAGCGCGGAGAGGAGUGUGUAUUGUACGACGAAUUCGUCUGUCCUGGGUCGCUUACAGAAGAAAGGGGCCCUUGUCGUAUUUCAGCGAAACGUGGCCAUCUUCAAAACUACAAACCAUACCCUCAAACGUACAGCUCUGGCAUCUGAUGUCCAACUCACACCUCUGGAUAUAGUAGAUGCAAAACUCCUGGAAAAAAUCUUCCUCUCUCGUCAUGCAAAACAUAAUCUAUUUCCAGAGAAAAGAAUCGUGGUCAAAUGCGUUCCGUAUCAGUUGGUGGUGUCUAACAUUGAUCGCAUAUUUAACUCGAACGCUAAACUGUUUGCCAGUGUCACGAAAGAUGAAGAUCAAAAGUGUUUCAACGCUCCAUUGUUGAUUUCAGCCACGACCAGCAUGCCGUGUGAAGCAGGGACUGUUAUAUAUCUUGACUUUUACGGCGAAAUUUAUGACAAAGAGCUAGUCACUGCUCAUAUCUCUAAACAGAUGUCUGAGUAUCUCAACACUGGUGAUGAACGUCUUGUCUUGUAUGUCACAUACGGUAAGGAACAUCACAUAGGCACCGUGCAGCGUCUAUUAUCCAUGUACUCGUGGGAACUGACUGAUUCUGAAAUUAACUUCGGGAUUGAGGAGACAAUUUAAGACUGAUUGUCCAAUCAGUUUUCUAUUGUAGACAGGCCUUAAUAAUAGUUUUCCUAUUGCCUGUUCUGAGAAGAGGUAAAAACAGGUAAAACACACAUGCCGGUAAGGAUUUUAAGAGAGCGUCAAAAAGAAUCUUAAUUUAUCAUAUCGAGGGUUCUCCUUCGAAGAACGGUGCAUACAAAUGAUGUGGUUGAUGUGCUCCACUGUCUUACAGAAGAUAUAGCUUGGUUACGGUCGUCGUUCAUGUAGAUAGCUGUUGUAGUGACUAGUUUCCAAUCCGACGGUACUUCUUUUGUUCCCCAUGACUGUUGGAAUAGGUAUGUCAUAUAAGAGGGCGACCUGCGCAAUCGCUUUGAUAUGGUCUAGUCGCUGGAGAAGCGUACAUCAUUUUCUGUGAUAGACCGGAAGUUUCCAAAGCUCGACUUUUCAGCUAGUCCUAAAUCUGCAAUGUUGCUAGUGUAUUCAUCUGUCAUGUUGGUGCAUUAUGACAGAUGUCGUGUUUGCUGUCUAUGACGUCAAAGACAACGGAACAUAUGAAUUCCCAAAGCUGUGUGCAACGUCAUCAGACUUGUUAAACCAAAACUACGUAAUAGUCGAACUAAACGUUGUGGUUUAUUAAGUAGGAUAUAUUACUUUAGAUAUACAAUAUAUUCUACUGGAAACUGUAUAGAGUCACAACGAUUUUUUUCCAUCAAAUGCAAUACAUGCAAGAAUGAAAAAAAGGAGGUGAGGGAAGAAUAUGUAAGAAAUCCUCUCUUAAGCGUAUGUAUAAUAGAGCAACAUUAUGAAAGAUACAUUAUGCAUGUAUACAACCCGUCUUCAUGUGACCCUGGCUGCUACGAGGACGUUAAACCCCAAACAAACAAAAACGGUCGAACAAAUAAACAGGUAUACAA